GUAUUCCAUGCGGCAACCUAACACUGUAAGAAGGGAAACGGCAUCAUCCACCCCAUCAUUCGCAGUUCACCAUGGAGAAUCAGUUGGGACUUGCUGUGCACCCCAAACUUUUAUACAAUUGAAGUUCUGCAGUAAACAUCAAAAGAGAAAAAAAAGUGAAGUCGUCAACUACAUACCCCACAUAAAGAUAAAAUGGGUGCAGCGAGUCAAAAUACAGGUGGCCUCUCGCACGGGCCCCGGACCAUGGGUAGUAUCAUAAACUCUUGAGGUCAAACGGCUUCAAAUGGCCUUGCAUUAAUCCUGUCAAACAGGUGGUUCAAACCAGUGUUUGCCAAAAACUGCAUGCUAGCUAGUCGCGAUUGACAUGGACAGGUAGCUGAGCUAGGCUAGUAAAGAAAAUGUUUGAAAACUCAACUUAGUUGCACGAGAUUUAAGUUCAGGU